UCAAAAAGGAAGGGGAAAUGGUAUGGUAUCAUUUGAAGCAAAAAGCUAUAACUAAUGGCAAAAGCAAGAAUAAUCACUGAAAAGAUUAGUAAACGAUGGUAUGCAGAUGCGCGGUACAAGAUAGACGAAACUCAAUUAUCAGAGCGAUAUAUAGAGCGAAGAAAGGAGUAAUGAGUAAAAAACACAGACGGAAAGAGAAAGGGAGUAAAUUAAUUAGUUACGAUGGGGCCGUCAAGGGAAAUGUAAUUACUAUAUUGUUCUACUCUUCACACAAUACAGCGAAUAAGCGCUACGAUCGACUGCCGGGUAUGAUCAAUUAAGUUCGUUCCUUUCGUUUGCACACUACGGCUGUGUGUGCAAGGAGUUUCGUUGAAAUAACUAUUACUUACAUUCAACGUUCUCAUAUACUUACAUACACAUAGGCAAUAGUGGUUGCUUUUUGUUUGUUCUUUUUUUUUCUUUUAUUUUUGCACCAUUUAUCAUGAAUUUUAGUUUUGAAAUUGGCACUGUAUUUUUUUUACGACUAAUGGCCACCUAGCAAAAGUGGUGGGGUCUAUCUUACUUUUUGAAUUAAUCAGAAACGGCGAACUGUGCAAAAGGACACUUUAAUUACGACGUUAGGUCGAGUAUGAAGAUGAAACAAAUGAACGUUCUAGCCUGACAGCAUCAGUGUGUACUUCGACUAUGCACACUAUGGGCUACUAAGAAUGUCUGCUGACCGUAUCGCCCGUGAGCCGAAACUGGCGAAUAGACGGAACUGGAAUACAUAAUAUGAUUCGCUAAAAAAGCGCUAGUGUAGUGUUUGUGUUACGUUGGGAAGAUGAACAGAAAGAAGGAUCACUUACGCUAAUUUACUUAAACCGACUACCCCGAACGGUAUGUAGCGGUAAUGGGGACGGAUGAGCAAGGAAGAGAGUAUAUUAUCUAGUAGAGCGACAGACAGAAACUCACGACAGACACAGCUAAGCUACCUCCUUCCGGGAAAGACAUUUGUUUUCUUCUUUACUCCUGGCUGGAGGUAUUGAGGCCACUUUAUACAUACAGCGACGUAUGUUGAGAUGAAUGUAUGUAUGUCCUGUGAGCGUACCGGGCAACUGGGAAAUACAUUGCGGAACAACACGAACCUACUGGCAACGGUACUAUGUUGUGAAGAGUAUUUAAAAAAAAAUCUUUGCUUUCGUCGGAUUCCUCUUGGUUUGAUAAUUGGAGGGAAGUGUUGUUCACGAUUAGUGGAAGAGAUAGAGGUGGAGGAAUUGCUUGUUACAAUGGCUAGUAGUAGUGUAUGCCCGUGUCCGAUGGAUGUUUAGGAUGAUGCUGUCGAUCGUACACCACACACCCGCUCGAGCCCGCGGAGAUUUAGGGUGUCUUCAGGCAAGAUUGCGACGAAUGAAAUCAAACUGCACCAUCAUCAUCAUCACCAACACCACAACCACCACCACCCACAAUGCAAUCGCAAUGCAAUGAAAAUGUGUAACACUCAAUGUAUCGCCUACCGAUUUGAGAAUUUUUCAAUAAAGGUACAUUUAACCCCUCUCCGUUUCAUACCGAG